AAACGGGGAUGAAUCACUCUACGCGACAAGUGGUACAUACGAAUGCCUAAGUAAGUUCUUUCGUGAGUGCACCUUACAGACGCUCUGUUAUAAUUAACAAAAUGUUGGUAUUCCUUCAUUAUUUGAAUGUGAGAAUGUUUCUUGCACUCCUAUGGAUUUUGCUUUGUUCGAAACUGGUGGCACCAUCAGAAACCGAGCAGCCAUCUUGCGGCUUUCCCUACUACAAAAAGUUGACCUGCAAUCAAAUCGUAUCGGUCGAGGACUUCAGGAAUCGCGUCAAUCAGUCCGUCAUAUCGGGAUCGUUUCCCCUGGAGGAGCUUCAAGAAAUCGAAAUAGCGAACAGCACGCUAGAUUUCUUAACGUCGGAAACCUUCGACGACUUCAACGUCACCUCAAUCAAGAUCAGCAGAUCGAACAUAACCGAGAUACCAAUUAAUUUCUUUAAUGGGUUAUUAAAUUUAAUGGCGAUUAAAUUUGAGUACACGACAAUGGGUCGGUUUCCAAGCGAUUCGUUCGCCAAUUUAGUUUCAUUGGAGGUACUCGACUUGGAUAAUAACGAUAUCGGGAACAUCGAGGGAGGUGCGCUAAACGGUCUAGCUCAGCUGAAGCUCCUGUCGCUUUCCGAGAACGGCUUGAAAAAUUUAGAUGAAACUCUUUUCAAUAAUUUAACAAGCUUGGAAACUUUAAAUCUCGAUAACAACGAAAUUCAAGUUUUAAAAUCGCAAACUUUCAAAGAAUUAAGCAAGUUAUCCUUGCUAAAUCUAACCAGUAACUUAAUCGGGACAUUUGCGAGGGGGGUGUUCGACGAUUUAGUUUCCCUAAGAAAGUUACUGUUGGAGUAUAACAACGUGGGCGAGUUGGAUCGGUCGAUAUUCAUGAAGCUCGAGAAUCUUCGCGUUCUGAAAUUGGGCAACAAUAACAUCUCGAAGCUGCCCAAUAAUGUAUUCAGCGACCUGAAGAACUUGCAGGAGCUGUGUAUCAACGAUAAUCGGCUCAAGGAGUUGGGGAUUUCGUCGUUUGCGGGACUGGGGCAGGUCACCAGCUUGGAACUGCAAGGAAACGAAAUCGAAAUGAUACCCUUGGGAAUAUUCCACAACUUGAAAAGCGUGCAGGAUAUUAAUCUAUCGGGUAAUAAAAUCGAGUUCAUCGACGAUAAGGCCGUUCAGGGGUUGGCCGAGCUGAACAGUCUCAAUUUGGAUAAUAACAACAUCAAGAGGUUGGAGAAGGGCGCGUUUAGCCACGUGAACUGCGCCUAUCUCUACCUGAGGAACAAUCAUUUGACCACUAUAGAAGAGGGCGUCUUCGCGGGCUAUCAAAAGCGCAACAAUAGCGGCAUCGGCUUUCUAUAUUUAAGCGGAAACCCAUUGAGGACAUUAGAAAACAAUGCGUUUAGCGGUCUAUCGCAAUUGCUCGAGUUACAUCUGGAUAACACCAAUAUACGGGCAAUAAAAGAAGGGGCGUUUAACGGAUUGCUUUCGCUUUCAUCGCUUCUCUUAGGAAACUGCACUCUGGAGAGUAUUGAAUCGAAAUCAUUCGCGCCGCUCUCGAAGCUUUCCAAGUUAAACUUGACGUUUAACGGCAUCGAUAAUUUAGAUAAUGACAGUUUCGCAGGCCUAAAUCAGCUCACCGUAUUGGAUCUGGGUUAUAAUAAUUUGACGGAUUUGAGUUCGGGAUUUCUGGACGAGCUUCCGCUAUUGAGAAAUUUAUCAUUGCGAGCGAAUCGAAUUAACGAAGUCGAAAGCUAUUACUUUGGCCACUUGAAGCAGCUGAGGUCUUUGGAUUUGAGCUACAAUAACUUGACGUGUAUUAAUGGAAGCUUUAGCGGACUUCGCUCGCUUCAGUAUCUAUUAUUGAACGAUAACGAUGUCAGCGUCUUCGCGAGUUUAUCGGAGGACCAGCUGGACGAUCUCGUAUUUUUGGACUUGCAGAAUAACAAUUUGACUAAGCUCGAUUCGAAGGCGCUCGAGAAUGCGCCCUCUCUUAAAACGAUCGAACUGUUGGGUAAUCAUUUCGAGCUGAACGAAGUCAAAGAGCAUCCUGCACCGCCCACUACUCUCCUGCACGACAUUUUAAUGUAAAAUUUUCCUGCUAACAACGUGUAUGUAGGUACUACAUGCAAUAAAUCUGUGCCAAAUCGA